UUCAGAUCCGAAAUCCAGAUUCGAACCCGACCCGUUCCCCGAAACACUCCCAUACAGUCUCCAACAAACACACUUUGAGCUCCAUUUUGCAUUCCACCCCUUUCCAAUUCAAUCCUUCCUCUGCAACACUAAUCCAACCAAAAAAAAGGGCAAAAAUGGCAGCACUCGCCCGAUUAUCCAGAAGACUGUUGCCCCGAACCCUCACCGCCCGUGCUUUCUCAGCAGAAGCAGUCCAAUUGGCGGAGAACCCAUCGCCGCCGCCGCCAGCUCCGAUCAUAAAGGAAUCGGCAGAUCGAGUGAAAUGGGACUACAGGGGCCAGAGAAAGAUCAUACCUUUGGGACAGUGGGCCCCCAAGAUCGCCGUCGAUGCUUACGUGGCGCCCAACGUCGUGUUGGCCGGCCAGGUGGUCGUCUGGGACAGCGCCUCCGUUUGGAACGGCGCCGUUUUGAGGGGCGACCUGAACAAAAUUAGCGUUGGGUUCUGCUCUAACGUACAGGAACGGUGCGUAAUUCACGCCGCUUGGUCUUCUCCUACAGGGCUGCCAGCUGAAACACUAAUUGAAAGGUACGUGACAAUUGGUGCAUACAGUCUGUUGAGAUCGUGCACGAUCGAGCCCGAGUGCAUAAUUGGGCAGCACUCGAUUCUCAUGGAGGGUUCUUUGGUCGAAAAACAUUCUAUCCUCGAAGCAGGUACUGUGGUUCCUCCAGGUAGGAGAAUACCAACCGGUGAGCUUUGGGCUGGAAAUCCCGCAAAAUUUGUCAGGACUUUGACUCACGAGGAGACACUCGAGAUACCUAAACUUGCAGUUGCUAUAAACGAUCUGAGCGGAAGCUACUUCUCUGAGUAUUUACCUUAUUCGACUGUGUAUUUGGAAGUUGAGAAGAUGAAAGCAGCCUUGGGGAUUUCUAUCUGAAGUUUUCAAUACUCGUAGUUCGAUGAACUGAUAUGUUUUUUUUUUUUCCUUGAAAAGAAAUAAGCAAAACCGUAAGACUGAUGCAAAAGCCCCCAUCGACUCGGUUUUGUGUGUAGUCCGGUUUGUUUGUGAUGCAAAUUGAAUGGGAUGUGAAAUGCUUUUUUGGAGUUCUUUGUUCUUUGUAAUUCUUGAAUUUAUAUGGUCUCCUUAUUAAGGAAGAUAUGUAAGUUGUAUUACUUUAAACAUCCUCCGUUUUCUCCGUGAUUUUUAGGCUGCAGUUGGGUCAAUUCAUGGUUGCGGUUAUUUUUUU